CCAAAAAAAUUCUUGAGGCGUCGUCGUCCUGAUUGGUCAAGUUGCCACAGCGCCAAGGACCGUCGUCAAGAUGGACGCCGAACUGAAGGCGCUCGAGGCCGACUUGACGCGCGUCCAGAAGGCGAAGGCUAUGGCACUAGCGCAGAUUGACAUCCUCAUGAUGGAACAAAAGGCUCUCCAGGCGAAGCUGGAUGCGGAUCGCCUACAGCGACUUCGCGCCGAGGAACGUGACGCUAGAAUCAAGGCUGCAAUGGCUGUCGCCGUCCCAAUGCCCAUUACCGUUGUGUCAAACGAGGCGGCCUCCCCUCCAAAAGUCGACGACGUCCUUCAAGACUAUGUCGGGGACCAUGAAAUUGGAGACUACUGAUAGCGACACACCCGUUCUUGUGGUGUGGCUGCACCAAGCGACAUCCAUUCAGGUGCAGCAUCUCGCGACACCCACUAUCGCAUUGCACGGCACCAGUAACAAGGCCCAUCGUGAUCGAUCUCCGUGCUGCUGUGGCGUCACCCGUAAAGCCCCUAAUCCGCGCACCAUGCCAUGGUGAUGUUGUAGGUGGCGCUACUUUUCUCGAUAUGCAUCUCAGGCUAGAUAACAUCGUCCCUAUAAAUGACCAACGCCGCUGCGCAAUCUUUCUUAUCCAUAA